CAGCUUACCAGUUUAACAGCUAGGUGCAUACAAUCAAAAUCGAAAUUAACAGUGCACUUAAAAAAUAAAAAUCACUAAAAAUAUGUCUCCACUACUUUUAGUGGGGAUACUUAUCUCCACUGCACUAGCUGAUGUGAUACACGUCAAAGGAAAUGGAGGAGUAGCUAUACCCAAUCCCAGUGAAAUUAAUUCUCUAGUCAAUAAUAGGAAAUCGAAUCAACAGGAAUAUUGGUGGAUGGGACCAGACAGUCCGAUGAAAGCCGCCUACGAUUAUUAUAAGAAAUGUUCAAAAACCGGAAACUGUCUACCUCCUGUGAACCUUCUUAAUGCUGGCGACUUCAAUUUAGAAUCAGUCGACCUUAAGAAAAAUCCAUUUUUGAAUGGCGUAUACGAAGCUGGAAGUUCAGCUGAUUUCUCCACUUCUUCGUCUGAGACGAAGUCCACCGGAGUAUCCGCUGAUUCACACAUUGAAAUAAACAAUAAUCCUUUCUUAAAACGAGCUGCUUCAACUGGAGUUCAACCUAAAAAGCCCGGAUUCUCCACAACACAUCCACUGGAUAAUAAGAAACCAUUCGCUACUACUCACCCAGGUGAACCAAAACCAUUCAAUAUUAAUGUUAUUGAUGAUGACAAUGAAGUUUCACUUACAAUACCAUGUGAAGGACAAGGAAAAGUUUGCGUUCCAAAAGAUGCUUGCGUUAAUGGUUUUGUUAGCAAAUAUAGAGAAAAUGUGUUACAGAUCAAACAGAAUAUUAAUAACUGUAACAAAAAUACGGAAGCUUGUUGCAAUUUAUCUGGUGGUACCUCAUUCCCAACUAGCAUUAACGAUUUGCUCGACAAUCCGGCUAAAAACUACAAAUUCAAUAGCAACGCAAAUCCUUCAUCGGGGAUAAAAAUCAUUAACGAUUAUUCAGGAGACUCAAAGUUUCAAGUUUCUCAUAACAGUCAAAGUGGUUCAACAAAUAAAGCGAAUCCAGCGAAACCAGAAAGAGAUAUAAGUACCAGCGCCAAUUCUGUCUUUUCAUCCACACCUGACUAUAGUGAUGUACAGUUUGACAGUGACGUCAGAUUUUCUAAUCUUCUUCAUGGACCGGCUUAUCUUCCACCUGAACCACCUAAACCACAACAAUGUCCAGCUGGUACGUACUUGAAUGUUGAAGGUAAUUGUGAACCUGCAAGAAAACCCUGCCCCAUAGGUACAGAAAGACAAAAAGAUGGAAGAUGUGUACCAGUAGAAUCACCAUCAUGUCCCUUUGGAACAUAUAUACAACCAGAUGGAAGCUGUAAACGAACACCUUCACCAGCAUCAUGCCCUUUUGGUACUAUUCAACAACCCGACGGAAGCUGUAGACGAUUGGAACCACCAACACCAGUACCAUGUCCAUUUGGCACCAACAGACAACCUGAUGGUAGUUGUAGGCGACCGGAGCCGCCUACACCAGCACCAUGUCCAUAUGGUACGAAUAGACAACCUGAUGGAAGCUGUAAGCGACCUGAACCACCUACUCCAGCACCAUGUCCAUUUGGCACUAACAGACAACCUGAUGGUAGUUGUAGGCGACCGGAGCCGCCAACGCCGGUACCAUGUCCCUACGGAACAAAUAGACAACCUGAUGGAAGCUGUAAGCGACCAGAACCACCUACUCCAACACCAUGUCCAUUUGGCACGAACAGGCAACCUGAUGGUAGUUGUAGGCGACCGGAGCCGCCUACGCCAGCACCAUGUCCUUCUGGUACUAUUCAACAGCCCGAUGGAAGCUGUAGACGAUUAGAACCCUCAACACCAGCACCAUGCCCAUUUGGCACAAACAGACAACCUGAUGGUAGUUGUAGGCGACCGGAGCCGCCUACGCCGGUACCAUGUCCCUACGGAACAAAUAGACAACCUGAUGGAAGCUGUAAGCGACCAGAACCACCUACUCCAGUACCAUGUCCAUUUGGCACGAACAGGCAACCUGAUGGUAGUUGUAGGCGAUCAGAACCGCCUACACCAGCACCAUGUCCCUUUGGAACAAAUAGACAACCUGAUGGAAGCUGUAAGCGACCAGAGCCACCUACUCCAGCACCAUGUCCAUUUGGCACGAACAGACAACCUGAUGGUAGUUGCAAACGACCGGAGCCGCCAACACCAGCACCAUGUCCCUUCGGAACAAAUAGACAACCUGAUGGAAGCUGUAAGCGACCAGAGCCACCUACACCAGCACCAUGUCCAUUUGGCACAAACAGACAACCUGAUGGUAGUUGUAGGCGACCAGAACCGCCUACACCAGCACCAUGUCCCUACGGAACGAAAAAACAACCUGAUGGAAGUUGUAAGCGACCUGAACCACCUACUCCAGCACCAUGUCCAUUUGGCACAAACAGACAGCCAGAUGGUAGUUGUAGACGACCAGAGCCGCCAACACCAGCACCAUGUCCCUACGGAACGAAAAGACAACCGGAUGGAAGCUGUAAGCGACCAGAAGCAUCUACGCCUGCACCAUGUCCAUUUGGCACAAACAGACAACCUGAUGGUAGUUGCAAACGACCGGAGCCGCCAGCACCAGCACCAUGUCCCUUCGGAACAAAUAGACAACCUGAUGGAAGCUGUAAGCGACCAGAGCCACCUACUCCAGCACCAUGUCCAUUUGGCACAAACAGACAACCUGAUGGUAGUUGUAGGCGACCAGAACCGCCUACACCAGCACCAUGUCCCUACGGAACGAAAAAACAACCUGAUGGAAGUUGUAAGCGACCUGAACCACCUACUCCAGCACCAUGUCCAUUUGGCACAAACAGACAGCCAGAUGGUAGUUGUAGACGACCAGAGCCGCCAACACCAGCACCAUGUCCCUACGGAACGAAAAGACAACCGGAUGGAAGCUGUAAGCGACCAGAGCCAUCUACGCCUGCACCAUGUCCAUUUGGCACAAACAGACAGCCUGAUGGUAGUUGUAGGCGACCGGAGCCGUCUACGCCGGUUCCAUGUCCUUCUGGUACUAUUCAACAGCCUGAUGGAAGCUGUAGACGAUUAGAACCAUCAACGCCAGCACCAUGUCCAUUUGGUACGAACAGACAACCUGAUGGUAGUUGUAGGCGUCCAGAACCGUCUACGCCUGCAUCAUGUCCACUUGGCACAAACAGACAACCUGAUGGUAGUUGUAGACGACCGGAGCCGCCUACACCAGCACCAUGUCCCUACGGAACGAAAAGACAACCGGAUGGAAGCUGUAAGCGACCAGAACCAUCUACGCCUGCACCAUGUCCAUUUGGCACGAACAGACAACCUGAUGGUAGUUGUAGGCGACCGGAACCGCCUACACCAGCACCAUGUCCCUUCGGAACAAAUAGACAACCUGAUGGAAGCUGUAAGCGACCAGAACCAUCUACGCCUGCACCAUGUCCAUUUGGCAUGAACAGGCAACCUGAUGGUAGUUGUAGGCGACCGGAACCGCCUACACCAGCACCAUGUCCCUUCGGAACAAAUAGACAACCUGAUGGAAGCUGUAAGCGACCAGAACCAUCUACGCCUGCACCAUGUCCAUUUGGCACGAACAGGCAACCUGAUGGUAGUUGUAGGCGACCAGAACCGCCCACACCAGCACCAUGUCCCUUCGGAACAAAUAGACAACCUGAUGGAAACUGUAAGCGACCAGAACCAUCUACGCCUGCACCAUGUCCAUUUGGCACGAACAGACAACCUGAUGGUAGUUGUAGGCGACCGGAACCGCCUACACCAGUACCAUGUCCCUUCGGAACAAAUAGACAACCUGAUGGAAGCUGUAAGCGACCAGUACCACCUACUCCAACACCAUGUCCAUUUGGCACGAACAGGCAACCUGAUGGUAGUUGUAGGCGAUCAGAACCGCCUACACCAGCACCAUGCCCCUACGGAACAAAUAGACAACCUGAUGGAAGUUGUAAGCGAUCAGAGCCAUCUACGCCUGCACCAUGUCCAUUUGGCACGAACAGGCAACCUGAUGGUAGUUGUAGGCGACCGGAGCCGCCUACGCCAGUACCAUGUCCAUUCGGCACAAACAGACAACCUGAUGGUAGUUGUACGGGACCAGAAACACCGACAUCAUGUCCUAAUGAUUCUGUUAGACAGCCUGAUGGAUCUUGCCUGAAACCAACUGUUGAGCCAUAUUGUCCUUCUGGAACUGAAAGACAGCCUGAUGGCUCAUGUAAACGACCAAGGCCAUUACCUUUACCUUGUCCAUUUGGAACAGUAAGACAACCGGACGGAAGUUGUACACCAACAGAACCACCUACUCCAGUUCCAUGUCAGCCAGGAUCUAUUAGAGAACGUGAUGGAAGCUGUAGUCGGCCAGAGCUACCUACACCAAUAUCUUGUCCUUUUGGUACUAUAAGAUUACCUGAUGGAAACUGUGAACGUCCAAUUACCCCAGAACCAUCAUGUCCAUUUGGAGUUAAAACAAAACCAGGCCAACCUUGUCAAUGUCCUGCUGGAGAGACUAGACAACCUGAUGGAUCUUGUAUAAAAACGAUACUGUCACCGUAUUGUCCUUCUGGAACAGAAAAACAGCCUGAUGGCUCAUGCAAACGACCAGAACCAUUGCCUCUGCCAUGUAAAUUUGGAGAAAUGAGACAAUCUGAUGGAAGUUGUAGGAGACCAGAGCCAUCUACACCAUUACCAUGUCCUCCUGGAUCAGUUAAAUUACCUGAUGGGAGUUGUGAGGGACCAGAGCCAUCUACUCCAGUAUCAUGUCCUUUUGGAACUAUUAGACAAGCCGAUGGAACUUGCCUGAAGCCAAGUCAGCAGCCUUGCCCUUCAGGUUCAUAUAAACAGCCCGAUGGUUCUUGUCUCCGCCCAACCCCAGUACCACAGCCACGCCCUUGCCCUUUUGGAACUGAGAGACAACCUGACGGAAGUUGUCAGAAAUCUAAGCCAAAAACAUGUCCUGAAGGUUACCAUCUUACAACAUCUGGCGAAUGUAUACCUGAUAUUAGCUAUCUACCACCAACUACGCAGCCUUCCACCAGCGACGGUUACCAUUAUGAGAAACCUACCCCAGCAUUUGAACUUCCCACCAGAAGUACCGGCUCUUCGGGAAUUAAUGGACCUACAACAGAACACGAAGGAAUGGGAUCUAAUAUAAACAGCGAGGUUCGGCAACCCGACAACAAAGGUGAAUCAGCAAACAGUAAUAACGUAUUCGUUUCAACGAAAAGUCCCACAAAAGGUCCUGUUAGAACACCGCCACCAUAUAAUCCUGACGAAGUUCAAGCUCCUGCAGGAUGUGCUGCUGCUUUGAAAUGCGUUCAAGAAAUUUACUGCACAGUGGAAGGAGUUGUAUCGCCAGUACCUGUAGUACUCACCAAAGAACAGGAAUUGCUGAGAGUACCAACAACAGUUUGCAGAGACAUCGAAACAGGAAUUUUGGGUAAAUGUUGUCGUGACCCCAAUUAUGUGGACCCCUGGCCGUCCGCAAACUUGGUAGACGGAGUCGACGAUGGACAAUAUAAAGAAGAUAACUUCUAUGGUCAACAUGAUGUAGUCAACACUAAUAGAAUCACUAGAAGAUCUAAUAAUACUAGAGCAUCUAUUGUUAGAAAGAGGCAAAGUAUUAAAAGUACACAAAAUGUAAUUAAGGAAUCCGAACCAACUUGUGGAGAACUAAAUUUGAACUCAAGUCCCAUUGGACCCGGUCCCUUAGAUGCCAAUUUCGCUCAAUAUCCAUGGCAGGCUAUGAUUUUGAGAGAUACCAAUCGCAGUUUACUUUGUGGAGGUGCUAUUAUUGCUAAGGACGCCGUUCUUACUGCUGCCCAUUGUAUAGAAGGAUUGCAAACUUCCGACGUUCUUGUCAAAGGAGGAGAAUGGAAAUUGGGAAUUGACGAAGAACCACUGCCAUUCCAAAUAGUUAAAGUUGCUGCAAUUAUUAGACAUCCUCGAUACAAAGAAGCCGGCUACGAUUUGGCUAUUUUGAAACUUACGGAGAAAUUUAGAUGGAGUAAAAAUGUAGGAAGUAUCUGCUUACCCGAUCUCAAAACUUCUCUUGGUAGCUGUAAAGUUACAGGAUGGGGAAAACGUAUUUUGCAACUACACGCAAGAGGGGCCAUUAUGCACCAUAUAGAUGUAAAAUUGAUGGAAGGUGAGAAAUGUAAGAAUAGCUUAAGUGAGAGGUUCCAAGAAUCACUACCCAAUUUCAAAGAACAUACAUUGUGCGCAACAUCAGAUAUCGACCAAUGUAAGGUCGAUUACGGUAGCGCUUUAGCUUGUACCAAUGACCAAGGCAAGUAUGUAGUAGCAGGUAUAUUCGCUUGGGAUACGGGAUGCAAACAAGAAGGUCAGAUAGGUGGAUACAUCCCAACCGACUCCCCUUGGAUAGAAGCCACUUUACAAAAAUCAUUAAAAGAACUAAGAAGGUUAGAUAGAGAAUAUUUGCUCAACAGCAGAAAAUAGAGUUACUGUAAUCUUUAGUUAAAAACGAAUUGUUUAUAUUGAAAUAAUCGUUUGUAGAAUUAUCAAAGUUUUUUUUAAAAUAAUAUCGAUUUUAUUUCCCUGUAAAUAUACUGUUAUAAAUAUGUGAUAGAUAUGUAAAAAUAUCUUCAGUUUAUUUAUUUAAGAAUUAAGAUUGUCAGUAACAAUUUUUGUAUAUUUUUUGUAUUUAAUUAAAAAACUGCCAUAUAUCUAUUUUAUAUAUUAUCUUGCGCUAUUCCUACUCAUAUUACCUACCCAAGUUUAUAUAAAAAUUAUAAAAGUACAUAAAAUGUAAUACUCAUUUUUCUUAGUUUUAAAUGUAAAACAUUUUUAAUUCAAUUGUUGAAAAAUAGAUAUAUAGUUAAUAAAGAUAUAAAAAACACUAUUGGUUUUUCUAUUAUACCCUAUAGGAAAAUAUUUAGAAUAGAUAUCCAACUUGUA